AUGAAAGAUAGAAAAAUGUUAGAAAUAUGGACACUGGUCAACGUACUACACUUAGCAGCUGCCUCCAUGUUCUUCCACGAACCAUCAAGUGUACCUAUCAAGCCUGAAAUAAAUACAACCAACACAGACUUUGGAUUCUCAUUGGCUUACAGUAGUACAUUCGGGGGUUUAUUAGUUGGCGCUCCAACAGAGGAUGAUGUAGGCAAAUUGUACAGCUGUAAUUUAGAAGCAGCAUUUAGCCAGAAACAAGUUGAUUGCAAAGAUUUGUUCAUAGAAGUAGAUGAGCCAGAAUAUGAAAAUAAUCGCUGUCCUGAUCAGCGAUUUCAUUUAGGAGCUUCGAUAGCCGCAACUUCAGAUUAUAUCUAUACUUGUGCCCCUUUGUGGACAACGAAUAUAACAUCAUCAAGUGAAGAAAUAAGAGAUGUUUUUGGAACAUGCUUUGUGUAUAAAAGGGAUGGUCCAACUAGAUACCAGGGCACAUUAGAACGAUACUUGGACAAAAAAAUUUCAUUGACGGAUUUUGCUUUAAUCACAGGUGGUACUGGAUGGACCACUUUAGCAGAUAAAACAAAUGGAUUAUUGCUCACUGUUAAAACUUCGCUGCAGGGAGACUUUUUGUAUACACCGCUGUUGGAUCCCUUGGGAGAAACUAAAUCUUUUGCGGCAACCCAAAGGAAUCGUGUGUUUUUAUCAAGCCGUUGGAACAUAGGUUAUGCUGUUACUGCUGGGAAGUUUUUUUCAGACGUUACAGAGUACGCAUUCAGUAUGGAAAGUAAGAAUAUGGAAGGCGAAAUAGCAUUUUUGAAAUACAAUUCAAAAAGAAAAGUACUUUCUUUAAAAAUUAAAGAUCGCAAAGAAGUGACGUUGGUUAAUAAAGCCAUCGGUGCCAUGUUUGGUUCUGCUCUGAGUGCUAAAGACCUCAACAUAGAUGGUUUGGAUGAACUGCUCGUAGGUGCACCUGCAUUGUCUGAAGACGAGUGCUAUGAAUGUGGAGCGCUGCACAUAUAUUUGGGAGGAGACCAGGCAACGAUAAACGAUCGGAAAAGACAGCGAACAAUAUUGGGCACCUCUAGCUUUGGACGAUUUGGUUCAGCGAUAGUCGCAAAUGACGUAGAUGGUGACAACAAACCAGAAAUAGUUGUAAGUGCUCCAUACGAGAACGAAGGGAAAGGAGCUAUCUACAUACUGGCAGGUCACGAAGUUUACGACGUUCUGAUGAAGGUGCAGGACCAUAAGACAAUAUUGCUAUCAGACCUCAAGCUGACGCAGAAGAUUCACAAAAAAGAACACACUAACCUUGGGUUUAGUCUGCAAUUCGUUGAAGAUAUUGACAGUAAUGGGUGUAAAGAACUGGUAGCUGGAUCACCUAGUACAGGUACAGCAGUAUUUUUCAAAUGUGUACAGAAAAUCACUGUUACUCUAUCGAGCAGCCUAAUCGGAGAACAGAUUGUAAAAGAACAAGACGAGCAAUUUGUAGUGAAUGUUUGCGCACGAGUGCAGCUACCUGAGUAUCCACUUGAGAUUACCGCAUAUAUAGAAGUUUCCAACGCUAUCAUCGGUCAGGCAGCGACCAUUCCCGAUCCAACAUUUAUAAAAUCUAUUACAUGUACCGGUUGUCCAAGAGACAGGCCGAUUUGUGAAAAUGUUACUGUGCUACUGGAAGACAAAGAGCCAGGCGACUAUAAAUUUGUUUCACGAGCUGAAAUAAAAAACGAUUACCUCAUGCGUCCCAAUAAUUCAGAAUUCAACUCUUCAUGGGUAUUAGGAGGCCCCAAUAGUAAAUUGGUUACCAGUAUAGAUGUGCCCAGACACUGCAAAGGAGAUGAUUGUAUUCCUAAUCUAUCUAUGGAGCUGCUAUGGUCUGGCAGUAAAAAUUACACGGUUGGCUCCUCUGCGAAUGAGACAGUGACGAUUAAUGUCAGGAACGAUGGCAAUGCGUCCUACGACUCCUGCGUUUGGGUGAAAGUGAGCGGGGCGGCUUUAAAUCGAGGCGACUGCGAAGAUUACAACGGAGGGUACAAGUGUUACCUCGACAGACCUAUGAGGAGGGAGACUAAAUGCACAAUAAACCUUCUCCUGAACAUGACGACGGUUACAAAUAUUGAAAAAGAGCUGCAAGUCGAAGUAAAGUUGUACGAAAUUUGUAAUCAAAAACUGAUCACUACUGAUUCUAUUAGUGUACCAUACACAUUGAAUUCAGGUGACAUUUCACUAAGUGGUUAUGCUCACAGGAUGAACAUCACAGACAAACAGAUAAGAGAUUCUAAUAUUGUUUAUGAUGAUCAUGAAUAUGUGAUUCAAAACAGCGGGUUCAUGACUUGGAAGAAAGUUGAAAUGGAAAUCAAAAUGAACAAACUUGAAUACUUGAAAUCUUUUACAAUAUCAACAAUGGAUUUCGGCGAAUGCGCACGGAUAGAAGAUGUCUUUUAUAUUGUCCACCGUUGCGUUCUAGACAUAAUGCCAAAUUCAACGCAGAUAAUUACUGGGACCGCUAAAAUAAAUGCUGGCGAACUAAAAAAAUACUUGGUCAAUCAAAAGCUUCUGACAAAUUCUACAAGUACGUUAUAUUUGGACAAUAGAUUACCACCACUAAAUACACUUGUGAACAAUGAAAUACCAAUAGUUAAAGAAAUAACGUUAGGUAGUAACAAGCUGCUAAUUUCUUUGAUAGCACUAUUGGUGGCGCUCAUACUAUUAGCAAUCAUUACAUUCAUUCUUUACAAGUACGGAUUCUUCAAAAGGAAACAAAAGAAAAAUCUUCUAAUAGCUAAAGAAUCGGUGAGAAGACAGAGUAUUAAACGAAGUAUCCAUGCUUCAGCGAUGGAUGGCCCGGCUGAGGGUUUACAAAUGGAAGUCGAUGACGAUUCUCCCUUCGAUGAUCCACGACCAGUGACCACGAAUGAUAACGUAGGAUUAGUUGAAGACAAACCUACCUAAGCUAAAGAGAAACAAAAUAAAUGUAACUAAAAAAAAUACAAAACAAUGUAUGCUAUUUUUGUCAACUAUUUUUAAACCGAUUUCAUAUUGUCUAAUUCAAAAUCGGUAUUUGAUAUCAACGCCUACAUCGACCUUAUAAAAUGUGUUUACAUAAUCCGAUGCAAUUUCAAGCGAUAAUAUUUUUAUUUAUGCUUUACUAUAUUUGAUUGUAACCUUUACAAAAUUCGAAUAUUAUUAACAUAUAGACGUUUUGUUGACACAUUGUCAGUAUAUAUUAAAUUAUGAAACUAAUAAAAUAUAAGUAUCCAAUUUGAUAAGAAGUCUUUCUUAUAAAAUAGAUGUGAUAACCAGCGCCAGAAACUUGAUAGAAUCGGAUCGGAUGGUGUAAAAAAUACUACACAAGAAUGAUCGAAGCAGUUGUAUUGUGUGUGUUAGUCCAAUAGCACUAACAUAUUUUUAAACCUUUGGUUCAUAAUAAAUUGUUAUAAUAAUUCACCCAGUGAUUGACCCAUCAUCCGU